CCGCCGCCGCCUCCCCCGCCGGCGCCAUGGCCGCUGCGGCCGGGGACGGCUCUGUGAAGCCACUGCAAUGCGCCAUGAAGCUGGCCAACGGGGCCAUCGAGCUGGACACGGGCAACCGGCCCCGGGAGGCAUAUACAGAAUACCUGAGGAGCAUCCAUUACAUCUCCCAGGUGCUGCUGGAAGAAGUGGAGGCCACUAAAGAAGCUGGGGAAACUGUGACCUCUGAUACCUCAAAGAUGCUGAAGCUGGCCGAGCAGUGUCUGGAGAGGGCCCAGUCAACAGCUGCCAAGCUUGGGAAAACAUGCCUGAGGCCAGCCAUGCCUGUGGCUGCGCCCGUGCCCUCCCCUGCUAGUCGACACCGCCGGGUAUACUCAGAUGAGGGAGGGAAGCUUUCUCCGUUCCUGCCACCUGAGAUCUUCCAGAAGCUUCAGGUCGUGGAGUCACAAAGCUCUAAGAAGGAGCUGACACCCCUGGAAGAGGCCUCCCUGCAGAAUCAGAAGCUGAAGGCUGCCUAUGAGGCCCGGAUGGCCCGGCUGGACCCCAGCCAGGCCAUGCAGAAGACAUCCCUGACCCUGUCCCUGCAGCGCCAGAUGAUGGAGAACCUGGUGAUCGCUAAGGCCCGGGAGGACACAGUAUCCUUUCCAUCCAGCCUUGGGGUCCAGAGGCUUAAGCUGAGGGAGGAGAGGUCAACUAGGACUUGCCUUCUUCCACCCACCCCGCCGGCCCGUGUCCAGCAGGGCUCAGGGACGCCAGGGGUCCAUACAUGCCACUCAGAAAGGGCCUUAACUCUGCUGCCCCAGCUGCAGAGGAAGAUGGAAGAGCGCCGGCUGCGGCUCCAGGAGGCCGCCAACAAGAGGUUCUGCAGCCAGGUUGCCCUGACCCCCGAGGAGCGGGAGCAGCGGGCCCUCUAUGCUGCCAUCCUGGAGUACGAGCAAGACCAUGACUGGCCAAAGCACUGGAAGGCCAAGCUCAAGAGGAGCCCAGGGGACCUGUCCCUGGUGACCAGCCUGGUCUCCCACCUGCUCAGCGUUCCCGACCACCCCAUCUCCCAGCUCCUGAAGAAGCUCCAGUGCGCGGUGUACCGGGCGCUGUACCCCAUCGUGAGCAAGGGCGCCGCCCCCGGCUGCUGUUCCCUGCCCCCUGACGCCGAUGGGCUGCUGGCUCCUGGAAGCCGGAGGCUCCGGCCUUCUCAGAGCCUCUACUGCAUGCCUUCCCCGCUGGAGCCCAGCCCGGCCCCAAGGCCCCCGGAAGGCCCAUGCGCCAGCCCACCCCGCCCCGGCAGCCCCGCAGGGCCUUCCUCACCCCAGCUGCUGGGCAAGGACAGCUCCUUCGAGGAUCUAGAACAGUUCUUGGCUCCUCCUGAGAGGAGGGGCCGGGGCCCUGGAGAGCGGCCUGAGCCCCAGACCCCAGGGGUGAGGAAGGAGCCUAUGCUGGAGCAGCUGAAGGGCACCGUGCAGGACAUACACGACGCCAUCGACAGGCUGCUGUCGCUCACCCUCCUGGCUUUUGAAGGCCUAAACACGGCCGCCUCCAAGGACCGCUGCCUGGCCUGCAUCGAGGAGCCAUUCUUCUCCCCACUGUGGCCCCUGCUGCUGGCCGUCUACAGGAGCGUUCACCGCCUGCGGGAGGCGGCCUUGAGCCGGAGCAUGGAGCUGUACAGGAAUGCGCCCCCGGCGGCCGUCGGUGUCCCCACCAGGCUCCUCCCGCAGGACCCCGAGGCCGCGGGAGCGGGCCCCUACCCCUACUGCGCCGCAGCCCAGGAGCUGGGGCUGCUGGUUCUGGAGAGCUGCCCCCAGAAGAAACUGGAGUGCAUUGUUCGGGCCCUGCGGGUCAUCUGCGCCUGUGCGGAGGAUUACUACCGGGCCCGGGAGACUGCGCUGCAGCCUGGUAUCGCCGCUAUUGGUGCUGAUGACUUGCUGCCCAUCCUGUCCUUUGUGGCACUGAAAAGUGGCCUCCCUCAGUUGGUGUCGGAGUGUGCAGCCCUGGAGGAGUUCAUCCAUGAGAGGUACCUGAUUGGAGAGGAGGGCUACUGCCUUACAUCCCUGCAGAGCGCCCUGAGCUACGUGGAGCUGCUGCCCCGGCGGGCCCUGGGCAAGUAGUGGAGGACCAGCCGGCCAAGGACUGGCCAGGAGGCACUUGCGCGGGGCAGCAGGCCAGCCGUGGAGGGGCUCUUGCCCCAGCCUGACUUCGGCCCCAGGGCUCAGGGAGGCCCCUCUGCUCCUGGUAGGAUGAACAUCUGGCAGCUUGGGCCGCUGACAGCUAGCACAAGGACUGAGGGGGCUGUGGGCCUGGCCGAGGGCAGCUCUGCUCCCCUACAUUCCCGUGACAUUCAGAGCCCCCUGAGCCAGGUGUUUGUCUGAAUCGAGAAGAGAGCUGAUCACCCCCACAGAGGCCCGAGGCCCAGGUGGGUUCAGACCAUGCUGUUUAUUUAUUGGACACUGACCACUCUGUCCUGGAGGCCCAAGUGUCCCCAGGGCAUCUACCCAUGUCUGGGACCUCUGAGCCACACUUCACCCUUGGUGGUAGGGAUGGAAAUCCUGAGACCCCCACCAAUCCCCACCCCCCACUCAGCCCCUUUGGGGUCGGUGCGAAGCCUGGGUCAGCACCUGGCUGUAGCCCACCACCUGCCCACAAACUGUUACAGGCCCCUGGGCAGCCACUGACCCAACUGGAAAUAAAAAGGUGA